AUGGAAUCUCAAUUGUCACCAGAUGAGAAUAAAAAUUCUCCAUUGCCUCUUUUAACACAUGAAUGGGAAGAUUUAAGAAAAGCUCGUGAGGCAGGCGGUUAUCCUUGGACUCACCUUUUGAAAGCACCUUUAGAAGGAGAAAUUACUGCAGAAGACAUUAUCAGAUCUACUACUCCAAGAAGAAGCAUGUCUCGAGAAUUUUCUAAAUCUCGAACUCAUUCACCAGUUGAUCAAACUGUCCAAAAAAUUCUUAAUCUUGACUCAUCACCAGGCAGUAGCAGAAAACAUGGCGAAGAAGGAGAAGAUGAAGGAGUGCAUAUACCAAAUUUUUCAAAAGAAAUUUCAUUGGACUCAGAUGAAGAUGUUGUAAACCAAGCAAUGGCUACAAAACAGUUAGAGAACCAAAAUAGUCAACAUUUGAUAUCGCCACCAACAGAAAUUCCAAAAAACGUCUCACCAAAAAGUAUUCUUAAAAGAAGAACACCAGAACAACAAUACUUUGGGAGUACUGAGACACGUGAAAAAACAAAAUGUUGUCACCCCCUAGUUAAUAAACUUAAACACUUGGCUGAUAAAACGUUACACAAGUUAGAAAGAAACGAUCAUGAAAAAUCUCCCCAAACAAAGAGAAAAAAGGCUGAAGAGCCUCAAGAAAUAAGACAACUCAAAAACUCUCCUAGUGCUAUUCGAAGACAAAAAUUUAGUGCUAUAAAAUUAGGGGACUCAGACGAAAUGAGCAAAAAUAUGAGCCUAGAUACCCCAACGUCUAUGAAAAAAAAGGAACACAUAUAUGAAGAUAUAGAAGAAUCAAAAGAGUUUGAUAGUGUAAAAUCACUACAGGAUCCUCCAGAUUUGGAUAACGAUGAGUUAAAAACAAAUUCAAAUAAAGAAAACGACAGCCUUCAAGAAAAAAAGUCGAAUACAUCUCAGGAUCCUAGUUUAAUAAUUGAAGACAAUGCUUCACUUGGCGCUAAUGAACAUGUCAUGGAGAAACUUCACCAGAGGAGUAGUAUUAGUAAAGAAGCUAUAAUGUUAGACGAAGAAAGAGUUCCAGGAGAGUCAAACACAGAAGAAAUGUACAAAUCUGAAAACGAUAUGAGAAAAAACAAUGAAUCUCCAAAUAUUACGAUUACAGAAAUAAAUGAUGACGACAUCACCAUAGAACCGUCUUCUUCAAUACCUAUAGAAACAUCUCCAAGUCCCAGUCCUCGUGUUAUUGAUAGUAAACAAGACUUCAUGGAUUCAGACUGGUCUAGACCCAACAGUGAUCACGAAUACGAAAUUAUAGAAAAACCUCCCCCAAAUAUAAUUUAUACGGCACCAAGUAUCGACGAUAAACCCAACAUGGUGGUAACGGACGAUGAUGAACUAUCAAGUGUCACAUCACUGGAAAAAAAAUACCUUCAUCAUACAUCCGACGAGGAUGAGCCAAUGGAGCAUAAGGAAGAACCUAAUGGAGAAAAAGAUGAAAAUAUUUCAAACGCUGAAGCAUUACAAAAAGACAUUGAAGAACGUUUCUUUGUUAAUACUCCCUCAACAACAUCUAGAACGGAAUGUGAAGUAAGUACCAGUCAAGUAGAUUCUUCGGCAUUGGAAAAUUUACCCUUAAAGAGAAGCAGUAGAAAUAAAAAUUCCGAAGGAAUUGAGUCGAAAAUACAGCAGCGUAUAAAAGAAGGUACGGGUAAACUAAAAAGUCAAGCUGGUAAAUUAAAAACCAAAUUAAAUAAUAUAAAAAACAAACAAAUACAUUUUCCUGAAAGAUCAAAAACAAAAUUACAAGAACGACCAAAGCCUUCUAACGCUGAUCGCUCGAAAUCAACGUUACCAGAAAAACGAAAGUUUAGUUUGCCUGACAGACCAAAAUUUAAAAAGAUUAAUUUUUCUGAAAAAUUAUCGUUUGGUGAUCGGAAGAAAUUCAGCUUUCCGGAUCGUCCCAAAUUUAAUAUGCCUGAUCUACCCAAGUUUAAAAUGCCUGAGAGACCUAAAAUAAACUUCCCAAGUCUUGGUAGAAAAAGAGGGGACAUAAAUAAAUCUGAAUCUUCAACAGAUUUACAAAAUGUCUCCGUAGAGUUUGAAGCUAAAACAUAUCCGAGACUUUUUAAUAGAAAGAAACAAUAUAUUCCCAAAACCUCAUCUUCCCCGACGCUUAACAGAGAAGACACCCCACCAGCAACAUUUACUUUUACUAGAGUAAAAAAGGCAACAGAUAACCAAGAACCGUCACAUCAUAUCCCAGAUAGUCCAGAAGAACCCCGAGAAUACGGUAGUUUAGAUAAAGAGUGCGAUUAUAACGAUGACUACAAAAUGGAAAGCAGACAAAACUUUUGUACUACAUACGACUUUGAUAAAGUCGAUCAAGUAGAUCAAGAAUUUACAGAUGAAACGAAUAGUCAUGAUGAGUUAAGAAUACAAGUUUCCGAAUCAGAUUUAUCACCGCCACUACAAGAAAACACACAUAUAAACGAAUUAAACAAUGACGAAUUUUUUGUACGACCGAGAGGUAUUUCUCGUGAAAAUAUACAAGUUAGAGAAUACUUAAGCGAUGAAAUACGACAAGCAUUUAAAAUUCCCAAAAACGUGCUCGCUGAUAUGUCCAACGAUGACCAAUUUAAUAACAAAAAUGUAUAUGCUAACGAUCCAGAAGACCACGAUUUAGCAUUAGAUAGCCAGCCUGUAAAUUAUUCCACUGAAGAUAUAAACGAUAGAGAUGAUGGUUAUUACACAUUCCCGCCUGUACGACCCUCAAGAGCAAAACGAAAGAAGAAGGAUGCUGAAUCAAUUAAAUAUAUAGAUGACAGUAUAAAUGCAAGCAUGCAAUUUAGUGAAGUUGAUUUAGGUUUAUCGGAAGAUCAAUUGAAUAAACAAAUUAAUACACACACUGCUAACAGUGAUGUUGAUAUAAGUAAAUCAAUUCAAGAUUUAGAUCUAAGGCCUACUACUGAUCUUCAUUCUAUCCAUGAAUACGCCAAUGAUGAUGUAAUAGAAUAUCCUGAUAGUAUUCCAAUCCAAUCUCAAACCUUACCAAUGCCACCACGAAGGAAGAAAAAGUCUUAUAAACCUAGCGUUAGAAAUACUUCUUUAAAUGAUGUGAACAUGUACCCAGCUCAGAGAUGGCAAUCAAAACACGAUGGAUGCGAUGAUAUUAUCGUCUACAGAACAGAACACGAGUACAUUGUUCCACAAGCCGAACUAUCCCAAGGUGAUGUAACAGAACAAAGUCCAUUACCACCAAGGAGAAAUCGAUCCAGAAGUUCAAGGACCACUUCUGUAUGUGAUGAUGACCGUACAUCACAUGGUGCGGAAUCGCUUAUUCUCGAUGCUCAUAUUUCAACGGCUGACAACGCUAUAUCCGAAAGUGAUAUUCAGCGCGAAAGUCCAGGCUAUGCAACUGUUGAUAAAGGUAAUUUUACGCCAAGUAAAGGUGCUAGACGGUCAUUAAGCAAAACUCCACCAGCAAGACGCCGUAAGAGUAAUAGUUCUGAAAGAAAAUAUUACACAGUCUCUAGUCAGAAAAGCAGAAUGCCAGAUCGACCUCCGAGAAAAAAAUCAUCUACGAGUCUUAUGACCCUCGAUAGCUUCACAAAAGAAUCUAUAAAUGGUGAUCAGACUCAAUACAUUGAAAUAGACAGAACAAAAAUGGAGGAUUCUCACAAAGACCUAAAAUCUGGGGCAAUAGUAAGUAAAAUGAAAGAUAGACCACUGCCUCCUCCUCCUCGUCCUCCCAGAGGACCAAAGCGUAAAAAACCGUCGGAAGAGGAAGAAAGCCAAAAAUCAGCAUUAAAUUUAUCAGAAUCUCUUGAUGUAGUAGAAAUUGAAGUUUCGACACAAACAGAUCCUUUACCAGAUGAUGUUGACUUCGAAUUUGGAAUUGAUGACAAUCUUGAUUUGUCUAUGUCUAGUUCCCUUAGAGACAUAAUUGAUGAAGAAUCAAUACUAGGAAAGAUUCAUGACAAGUCAAUUACAUUAGAGGCGGAUCGCCGUAGUAGCAGGCCAGCAUCAAGGUCAGAGAAGUCUCUAAAGUUAUCGGAUCCCAAAUUAGGGGAAUUUUCUAAAUCAAGUCUUGGUAAAACAUCCCCUACUGUUAUAUUAGUGGAAAAACGGGUAUCAAGUCCAACAAGGAUAGACGAAAAGGAGGUAAUAUUAACAGAAGCUUCAUUGACUGUACAGCCUAUUGAUAUUGAUGAUUCCCAAGUACCGGAUGUUCCGCCUUUACCAAAAUCUAGAGACACUUUAACCUCAACUAUUAAAGAUAGAUCUAAGCCUGAGCCUGAAAGUGAGAAAGCUCUUGACAGAAUUGCUGAAACUAACAAAGAUAUUUUGUUAGACAACUUAGUAACACAAAGACUUCAAGUUCGAGAUUUAGACGUAGGUAGAUUAAAUGUUUCAGAACUUCAAGCAUCAAAAAUUCUUGUGUCUGAUAUUGAAGGCAUGACUUUAAAUGUUAACGAGUUAGACUCUAAGUCUGGGCAUAUUUCUAUAACUGGAAUAGAGUUCUCUCAAUCUGUAAUCGACGAAAUUGUUAAGAAAUUUACCGAAAUGUCAACUUCCAUUGUUCCUAACACUCAGAUAGUUGACACCCAAAGUAUUGAAAGGCCGAUUAGUAGGGAAGAAGAAACACAAACAGAUACUCCUUUACCCGAUAAAAAAGAAGAAACAAUUAUUUCAGAAGAGAUUAAAAUUGACUCACUACCAUCCUCAACUGCCAGAAGUAGUGAAAAUAUUGAGGAAAUAGCUGUCCCACCACAACGACCUCCUCCUCCUGAUUUGACGCCUUUAUUAUAUUCCUACCUACAAGAUCUAACGAUUCCGUCAUCAUUACCUCAUCAACAACCGAUACUGCGCGAGAGGCAUUACAGUGACUUUCAUGAACCACAGCUUCCUUCACCACAGCCACCAACACGUCGAGCUAAAAGAAAACCAGCCGUUUUGCACAGCGAAUCAAGUUCCGAUGACGUAAAACCUCGACCGUCUCCCAGAAGAAUGCCACCGCCAGCCAGAACGCAAGAACCAACUGUAACUGAGGCUGGUUUCCAAUUCUUACGGGUAUGUCAGAAUUCAAUAAGCAGAACGUUUAGAAAUAUUGUGAACACAUUUAUGUCUUACAUAAGUGGAACACAAAAUAAACAUGACAUGCAAGUUGCUAUGGUCAUAUUCCUAGUGUUAAUAGCUGGUUUAAUAAUGUUUGGACUCAGCGACAGCCGUACAAUUCAUCACCAUCAUUGGGAAUUCUUUAAUCCACCAGAUACUAAACAAUAA